AAUAUGUGAAAAAUUUCUCUCAUGCACAAAAUCAGUAAAAAAAAGUGCCUACAAAAAAAAUCUUAUCGUGAAUAAAAAUAAUAAUAAAGUAAUAAUUGAUUACUUCUGCGAGUCCCUUUCAUAUUUUUGUUGCGAACAAAACUUUUGUUGUGGGAAAAUGUCUCCUCAGGCCUAAAGUAAGUGUCGCCGUAAAAAAUUGUUGAGCAAUAAUUGGCGGCGACAAUAUAAUUUAGUAAUGCUGUCACAAUGGGAGCACAAAUGGGGAAAAACGGUGGAAAUCUCCUUGAACUUGCAUCAACUCAGGGCACUCUCCACAUUGUAAUGCUCGGCUUAGACAGUGCAGGCAAAACAACAGUUUUAUACAGACUCAAGUUUGACCAAUAUCUCAAUACAGUUCCGACGAUAGGUUUUAAUUGUGAAAAAGUGCGCGGCGUUGGCAAAGCCAAAGGUGUCUCAUUCUUGGUAUGGGACGUGGGCGGGCAAGAAAAGCUACGACCCUUAUGGCGAAGUUACACACGAUGUACCGAUGGCAUCGUGUUUGUCGUUGACUCUGUCGACACCGAGCGAAUAGAGGAAGCGAAGAUGGAGUUAAUGCGAACAGCAAAGUGUCCAGAAAAUAUAGGUGUACCCGUUCUAGUCUUGGCCAACAAGCAAGAUUUGCCCGGUGCAUUGGAUCCCAAAGAAAUCGAAAAACUCUUAGGUUUACAUGAAUUAACGUUUGCGGCGCCCGUCGUGAGUAGCAGCAAUUGCACCGGUGCCUCAUCCUCCACGUCGUCAACGCAACUAAGUCAGGCAGCUGCUGCCGCCGCCGCAGCGCAACAACAACAACAAAGCUCCCCCUCCGGCAUGCCACUGAAAAUGUAUCACGUGCAAUCGUCGUGCGCCGUCACGGGCGAAGGCCUGAACGAGGGCCUCGAAGUAUUAUACGAAAUGAUUACCAAGAAACGUAAAUUAAGUAAAAAUAGCAAGAAAAAGCGAUAAUCGUUACUUUGUUAAGGUAACAUCAUUAUCCGAUAUCGAAUAAUAAUAAUAAUGAGCACACUGGGUGUUACCUUAACGUAAAAGAAAAAAUGGAAAAAACUAACUUUUAAUCGGAAAAGUAUGUGAAAAGUAGUCCUUGAGUGUUGUAAAGACGGAAAAAAGUAAAGAACGAAUGCAAUCCAAUUUUAUCACUUUUUUCGAUCCCCUCCCUCGAUUUUUCGCAUUUUGUUCCAUUUUUAGCACAAACGCGUCUAUUGUCUGAUAUGAUAAUUGAUUGCAAUUUCAUAUCGUGCUGUUACACUUUUUUUUCCGCCACUCAUUUAGGUAACUGUUCUGUGCAAAUAUACAUUAUUAUUGAUUAUUUCCGGAUUGAUGCGGCUGUGUCAAAGUCAGAAAACGACGGAAAAAGAAAUAAAGUGAAAAAAAUUCAUAAUUACACUUUAACUAAUAAAUAUAUCAGAGAGAAAAAAAAUAAUUAUAAGAGAAAAAUAGGAAGAGAAAAUUACUAUUAUGAUUAUUAUCACGCUCAAAGAGUAGAGAUAUUGAUGUUUUAACAGUAAAGUUAGUCGUAAAGUAGACCUUUUAACUUGUUUUAAGUAGAUGAAGACCUACUUGACCAAAAAAAUGCUUUAUAUUUUAUCGAGCAAUAUUUAUUUGUAGUUGUUAACUGUCAUGGGUCGCUCAAAUUUCAACAUUUUUAAUACAGAAAAACUACAAACUACCUAAAAAUUAAAUAAAACA